CUUUGAUUGGUUAAGGCAUCUUGUCUCCACCCUCUUCUGAUGACCACGGACAAAUCUGAUUGGCUGAGAGGGGGCUCCAUGCCGACAGGUCGUACUUUGGGCGGAUCCAUGUGCAGGUUGCAGUGUGGACGGAUAGGACAGCCUCAGGCUCAGCAGACUCCCUCAUUCACCCAACACUGCAGGAGGAGAAAAAUGGGACCYAAGAAAUCCCCGAAACACAGACUGUCACACGACACAGAGAGAGAGUUUGGAGGAACUCUGGGCGCCGUGUGCAUCCCYGUUUUCCUCCCACUGACCGUUCUCUUCCUGAUCUGUGUGAGCCAAUCAGUGGAGGCCAGCGUCCUGCAGUGGCCCCCCUGCCUCCCSUCCGCCGACCAGCUGUGGGACCCGCUGGCUCCCACUCUGCUGCUGGGAUGGAUCGGACUGCAGGCCCUCCUCUACUUGCUGCCGUUAGGGAAGGUUUCCGAAGGAUUAGCGUUGAGGGACGGAAGCCGCCUCAAGUAUCCCAUAAAUGGUUUCCACGGCCUGUGCAUCAGCGCCGUGUUGCUGUCGGUGCUGCUGGCGCUCGGCGCUCCUCUUGGAUAUCUCUUUGAGCUGCUGGCGCCGCUGGCGGUGUCUGCCAUCGCCGUGUCGUUCCUGUCCUCCGUCUACCUCUACGUCCGCUCCUUCUGGGCCCCCUCCCUUGCUCUGGCCCUGGGGGGAGACACAGGGAAUCCCCUCUAUGACUUCUUCAUUGGGCGGGAGCUGAACCCUCGGAUCGGGAACUUUGACCUCAAGUAUUUCUGUGAACUCAGACCAGGUCUGAUUGGUUGGGUGGUCCUUAACCUCGGGAUGCUGAUGAAGGAGGCGGAGCUUCGUGGUUCUCCUUCCCUCUCCAUGAUCCUGGUCAACUGUUUCCAGCUGCUUUAUGUGGCAGACGCUUUAUGGAACGAGGAGGCCGUUCUGACCACAAUGGACAUUGUGCAUGACGGCUUCGGGUUCAUGCUGGUGUUUGGCGACCUGGCCUGGGUUCCCUUCACCUACAGCCUGCAGGCUUCCUUCCUGGUUGCUCACCCUCAGAGCCUGUCUUCGCUCACGGCGGCGGCCAUAGUUGCCCUGAAUGGUGCUGGGUAUUACAUUUUCAGGAAAUCCAACUCGCAGAAGAACCAGUUCAGGCGAGACCCGACUCACCCCAGCGUUUCAGGACUGGAGACCAUCGCCACAGCAACGGGGAAACGGCUGCUGGUGUCAGGCUGGUGGGGUCUCGUUCGUCAUCCCAAUUACCUCGGCGACCUCCUUAUGGCGCUGGCGUGGUCCCUGCCAUGCGGCUUCUCUCACCUCUUGCCGUACUUCUACGUGGUUUACUUCACCGUCCUGCUGGUUCACCGGGAGGCCCGGGACGAGAGGCAGUGCAGGGCCAAGUACGGACUCGYGUGGGACGCCUACUGUCGCCGAGUCCCCUACAGGAUCUUCCCGUACAUUUACUGAAAAAGGACGACAUGCUGGAUUUUUUUAAUUUUUAAUUUUAAAUACUGGUGCACAACCUCAAGUUUUCAUAGAACCAGAAUGUCGAUUUUAAUUCACACAGACUGGAAGUGGAACCCGCCGGUUGAGAUCAAUGUUUAAAUCAGAACUGGUUUAGAGGGUAGAGAACUGUAWCGAAUUAUUUUUUAUUCUGAUUUUAAAAAACCUAAGACUGUAAACAUCUACUUUUUUUUUUUUUUAAAUAUGUGAAAAUAAUUUCUGCYGAGAUGAAACAAGAAACAAACUGUAAAGUGUCUUUUUAUUAAAAUGAAGUCACAACCUUUACAUUAUUACUGUGUCCAUUUGGUGAAGCUUAAUAUAAAUAAAUUUAACGAAUUAGGUUUCUUAUUUGUCGCAACUUUUUAAAUUGAGUUAGCAUUUAACAUUUAUUUUCUAAAAACAUUUUAAAACCUAUGUUCURCUAUUUGACGAGUAUUUUAUUGGGGUUUUAGGUGACAGGGCAACAAAAAGUAAUGUUAUUGUGAGGUGGAUCAUUUCUAAAUCUUUUUAAAAGUAAAAAAAAAAACAACUGAAAAGUGUGGUGUGCAUUUAAAUAAACUAAAAAUUUGUGCCUUUAAAGUUACCUAUGAUUAGCAAACAAACGAGUCUGUUGAGAAACCAAAACCUGGCGCCUCUAGAAGAUCCUCAAAGAGGAAAGUCUUUUUCGUUUGCAGUUCAUCUAAAAGCGUUUCUUUAGAUGACACGUUUCAGGGARACAUGUUGAAGAAGGUGCUUCUUCACAGCCAGAAACAUGGCGGCGCCAUCGUGCAUCUUGAGGYUGCUGUUGCCACCGUGUUCGAUCUACAAUUAGGAUCAAAUCCUAUCCGUGUUCAGAAGGUCCAGAUUGAAUCCAACUGAGAAUCUGUGGURAAACGUAAAACAYUGAUGUUCACAAAAACCUUCCGUCCAAUCUGACUGAGCUGGAGCUAUUUUUGCACAGCAUGGCCGCCAAUUUCAGUCYCUGGAAACCGACAACCACGGGACCGGCAGCCGCAGCCCGCGGCGAAAGAUGAUUCUACWCAGUACCGACUCAGGUGGGCCGGAUACAAACGCUGGCAUCGCUUUUCUUUCCCUUACAACGAUUACAGUGUCAGUUGCUUUGACUUGGUCUGUCGCACAAAAACUAUGAAACACGAAGUUGUGUAGCUGAUGAACGGCGGCGGGUAGCUGUCACGGUGUCUUCAUUUAAACUGAUCRUGACAAGUGAGCGAGCAAAAAUCAGCUUUGACUCAUUUAACCUCUUCCAGGCAACCUGCUGCAGUUAAAACGCUGCUCCUUUCCAAACAGCCGCCUCCUUUAAAGGG